AUGACAACACCGCCACCGCCACCAAAGCCCCUGUCAUCUCAAGAAUGGGAGACAUUGAUCGAAGAUUACAACCACGGCCGCCUUCACCGGUGGACCACCUACGACUACGCCGGUCCCCCACUCGUCGACCUCGCACUCUCUUCUCUCCUCCGAAAGGACUUCUCUCUCCACCUAAAACAACAUCUCCUAAUCUUCCUAGAAGAACACUCCAUUUCUCUAUUCACUUCCCCGGCGAGCCUCUUCCGCCUCCUCGAAACUCUCCGUCUCGUAAUCCAGUCCCCCAACCCAAAUGAUGCCGUCUCCCUCUCUUUCUCAUUUAAAGAACAGUUCCUCAUUUCAACGACUUCAAUAUUCAUCGUUCAUGGUACCUUUGCCACUACUGAUUUUGAAACCCUAGAGUGUUUGGUGGAGCUGUUGUUGACGAUUGUAAACCGUCCGAACCACGGGAUCGACCGGCAGACGAGGGCUGUAGCUUGCGAAUGUUUGCGGGAGCUGGAAUUGGCGUUUCCCUGUUUGUUAUCAGAGAUUGCGGCGCAUAUUUGGGGACUUUGUCAGAGCGAGAGAACCCACGCGGCUCAAAGCUACGUUUUGUUACUCGCAGCGGUGAUUCACAGCAUUGUAGUUUAUGGUAAGGCGCCCAAUGUUUCUAUUCUUAAUGCUUCUACACCACUGUUUCCGUUUAAUGUGCCGCGAAUUUUCAUUGAAAAUGACAAGGAUGGUGAUGAUAGUGAUGUUAUUGUUGGUGAUGAUGACGAGAAAAAUGUUUCUAGUGCUAGUAGUAAUUUGAAGGAGAAGAACGUAACGUAUAAGGAGUUAAGGAGGGUGAUUUCGUUUUUGUUAGAGUGGCCACAAUACUUAACCUGCGGUGGAGUUUUGGAGUUUAUGAGGAUGACAAUGCCGGUGGCCAAUGCUCUGGAGUUGCAAGCUUCUUUGCUCAAAGUACAGUUUUCGGGGCUUAUUUACACGUUUGACCCUUUACUCUGUCAUGCUUAUUUAGGGAUGUAUUUGAGGCUCUUGGACUCGUUUGAUGGGCAAGAAAUGGAAAUUGCUAAUCGACUAGUGUUGCAAAGCAAGGAGCUAUACUUGUCAUAUCAAAAUAAUGUAGUUUUUCAAUUGCUUUCUGUUCACUGGUUAUUAGGUUUGAUUCAAUUGGUCAUAGGUAGAGAUGUGACGAAGAGAAAAAGUUUUGCAGAUGUGAUGAGUCUGAGUUUUUAUCCUGCUAUUUUUGAUCCACUGGCGCUGAAAUCAUUGAAACUUGACUUGGCCGCUUAUUGCUCUGUUUUACUCGAUGAUUUUGGGACUCUGAAGAGGUAUGCAAAUGGGGGGACGAUGACUGUGGAGGUAGGUUCAGAAGUUUCUGUGGUCAAACUGCUUGAAGAUGGCCUCAUGUGCGUAUCUGGUUUCAAAUGGUUGCCUCCUUGGAGCACAGAAACUGCAGUGGCGUUCCGCACCUUCCAUAAGUUUUUGGUAGGCACGUCAUCUCAUUCUGAUCUUAAUGAGUCUGAUUCUUCUUCCAAAAGGUCUCCCAUGGAGUUGCCCAUAUUCUGUGCUAUACAGGGAAUGCUGAUAGAAUCAACAUUAAAAUUUCAAGGGUUGGUACCCCUGAUUGUUUCCUUUGUCGACCGUUUAUUGGGAUGUUACAAACACCGCUGGCUGGGCGAGUGGCUGCUGGAGACAUUCAAUGAAUCUUUCAUCCCAAAACUUAAUAUAGACUAUAAAUUAGGAUCUUACUUCCCCAUUUUGGAAAGAAUUUCGGCGAAUGAGAGAGUUUCUCCGACGGGGUUGUUAGAGCUUCUUGCCAACUAUAUGGUUGUCCUGAUUAAGAAACAUGGUCCAGAUACAGGGUUGAAAUCAUGGUGUCAGGGGAGCAAAAUUCUGGGCAUUUGUCGGACUAUGAUGAUUCAUCACCACAGUUCCAGUUUGUUUCUUGGACUUUCUCGUCUCCUUGCAUUUGCUUGCCUUUAUUUUCCUGAUCUGGAGGUUCGUGACCAUGCAAGGACCUACCUGCGGAUGCUGGUUUGCAUUCCAGGAAAGAAGCUUCGCGACUUGCUGAACAUUGGGGAGCAGCUUCCUGGAAUUUCACCAUCUACCAAUUCUAGUUCAUUUUUCAAUCUUCAGUCUCCUCGCUAUCAUGACCCGAAGAAAUCUCGGAAUAUUUCAUCCUACAUUCAUCUUGAGCGCACUGUGCCACUUUUAGUUAGACAAUCAUGGUCCUUGUCAUUGCCAGUGCUCAGAUUAGAUGAUGAUAAGCAGUCACUGGAAAGCUUCAAGGAUAACAAAACUACAGGUGAGCCAAAGGAGCUUGACAGAAGUAGUAGUAGUAUCGAGAUUGUUUCUGAUAUUAACAGAAUUAGCCAGCUUCAGGAGCCACUACGUGUGAUGGACUCAAAAGUUUCAGAAAUGGUGGGGAUUUUAAGAAAGCAUUUUGCAUCAAUUCCUGAUUUUAGACACUUCCCAGGACUCAAGAUCAAAAUACCUUGUGUUUUGAGCUUUGACUCAGAGUUGUUUAAUCACUCGGUAGGGACCAGCAUACCCAGUGAUAGCUGUGGAAUAGAUUCACUUCCAGCCAUAUACGCCACAGUGCUCAAAUUUUCGUCUUCUGCACCGUAUGGCAAUAUUCCAUCAUAUCACAUUCCUUUUCUUCUUGGCCAACCUGUCAAAAAGGAUUACUCUUUCAGCGAAACUAAUUCACUAGAUAUCGUUCCUGUUGGAAAUGGUUCUGCCGAGGAAAAAAGGUUUAAAGCUCAUGUAAUGAUUGAAUUAGAGCCCCGGGAACCACAACCUGGUGUCAUCAAUGUACAUAUUCAAACAAAUGCGGACAAUAGUGAGAUCAUUCAAGGACAGCUUCACAGUAUCAAAGUGGGAAUUGAAGAUAUGUUUCUCAAAGCUAUUGUUCCAGAAGAUGUCCCAACAGAAGCAGUGCCUAACUAUUGUCUGGACCUGUUCAAUGCCUUAUGGGAAGCAUGUGGCACAUCGUCUAGCACCGGGCGAGAAACCUUUGUCUUGAAAGGAGGCAAAGGAGUUGCUGCAAUCAGCGGAACACAAUCAGUGAAGCUGCUUGAGGUACCUUUCAUGUCUUUGAUUCAAGCUGUCCAGCGGUGCUUGGCACCAUUUGUUGUUAGUGUAACUGGCGAACCUCUUAUUAAUAUCGUGAAAGGUGGUGAAAUAAUAAGAGAGGUAGUAUGGAAGGAUUCUGAUUCAGAUUCUUUAUCUGAGGCUCCGAACCCAGAUGCGAGGUUGGAUGGAGGUCCUCUUUAUAUCCAGUACAUGGAUGACGAAAAUGAGAAAGGGCCUCACCUACAAAUUUCCAAAAGGAACAUGGGAUGCUUCCUCGUAUUGAUAUUUCUUCCUCCAAGAUUCCAUCUCCUCUUCAAAAUGGAAGUAUGUGAUGUUUCUACUUUAGUUCGGGUUAGAACUGAUCAUUGGCCAUGUCUAGCUUAUGUCGACGAGCUUUUGGAAGCCUUAUUUAUUGAGUGAAACUUUUCCUUACGUUUUAAUUUAGUGUUUUCUCUUAGGAAAUUUUCCGCAAUAGAAGGGCUCAGUAUUAUUCCUUCGAGUUGUUCUGUAUAAAGUAUAUUUGUAAAUGCUUUUAUGUAUAGUACUCAUCUAAUUUCUGUAAAGUGGUGUGGUUUCUUAUUUGCUCU